GGAGGGAGGCGAGGAGUCCUUCCCUUUCUCUCCUUCCCAGGCUGCUUGCUUGAGGAAGCCGCUGACUUCCCUCUUUCGCCCGCGUCGUUCGGGGGGAGGGGGAAGCGUUUGCAGAAAGGGCCUUUUGCAGGAGAGCCGAGAGUGGAAGGAGAAGGGGGGGGGAAGGAAGGAAGGAGGGUCCCCUUUCCCCGGCGGCGCCCCUAGUCGUCAGGUUCGCCGGCUGAGAGAGAAGGCGGGGAAUGCCAGUCCUUGUAGCUUCCUCGUGAGGUGAUUUCCCUCCUCUGUUUCACGCGCAACCCCCGGACGACCGAGCGGGUUUUUUUUUUAAAGGCUGCCUUCACUACUCUCUGUAGCAACAGUAGUAGAAACGGCGGCGGCGGCGGCGGCGGCUCCUCCUGGUAGUACGUCCUAGUUGACCGGGUAACGGAAGGGGGAGUCGCUGAGGAAUGUGGCGUCCGUGCGGCUCGGAGGCGCCUUCCUGAGGUGAAAUGGUGGCUGGUGUUCCUGCUUUUGCUGAGGGGGGAACCAAAGGGCUGGCAGCCAUGCGUGCAGUGCUGGAGGAACCUACCGACAGUGUGGCGAUGAGCUGAAAAGGAAAGGGCGGCGAACUCCGUUUUUGGGUUUUUGUUCCCGAGGAGUGGCAGUUAUCAUGACUGUUUUCAGGCAAGAGAAUCUGGAUGAUCACUAUGAGGUCGGAGAGGAACUUGGCAGUGGGCAGUUUGCAGUAGUAAGGAAAUGCCGUGAGAAGAGCACUGGUGCACAGUAUGCUGCAAAAUUCAUCAAGAAACGAAGAACAAAAUCAAGCCGUCGGGGAGUGAGUCGAGAGGACAUUGAACGAGAAGUAAACAUAUUAAAAGAAAUCCAGCACCCCAAUGUGAUCACAUUGCAUGAUGUUUAUGAAAGUAAAAUGGAUGUAAUUCUUAUUCUGGAACUUGUUGCAGGAGGGGAACUCUUUGAUUUUUUAGCGGAAAAGGAAUCCCUGACAGAAGAGGAAGCCACAGAAUUUCUCAAGCAGAUCCUUAAUGGCGUUAACUAUUUGCACUCUUUGCAAAUUGCACACUUUGAUCUCAAGCCUGAGAACAUAAUGCUGCUGGAUAGAAGUGUACCAAAGCCUCGUAUCAAGAUCAUUGACUUUGGCUUAGCACAUAAAAUAGACUUUAGCAAUGAGUUUAAGAAUAUUUUUGGAACACCUGAAUUUGUUGCUCCUGAAAUAGUGAAUUAUGAACCUCUGGGCCUUGAGGCAGAUAUGUGGAGCAUUGGUGUAAUAACAUACAUUCUACUAAGUGGUACAUCACCAUUUCUUGGAGAAACAAAGCAAGAAACAUUAGCCAAUGUGUCUGCAGUGAAUUAUGACUUUGAAGAAGAAUUCUUCAGUAAUACUAGUGGUCUUGCUAAAGAUUUUAUAAGAAGACUUCUGGUUAAGGAUCCAAAGAAGAGAAUGACAAUUCAAGACAGUUUGCAGCACCCCUGGAUCAAGCCUAAGGAUACCCUACAGGCACUUAGUAGAAAAGCAUCUGCAGUAAAUAUGGAAAAAUUCAAAAAGUUUGCAGCUCGAAGGAAAUGGAAACAAUCUGUACGCUUAAUAUCGUUAUGCCAAAGAUUAUCAAGAUCGUUUUUGUCCAGAAGUAACAUGAGUGUGGCAAGGAGUGAUGACACUCUGGAUGAGGAAGAUUCAUUUGUAAUGAAAGCCAUCAUACAUGCCAUCAACGAUGACAAUGUUCCUGGUCUUCAGCACCUUCUGGGAUCUUUGGCCAAUUACGAUGUCAAUCAACCAAACAAGCAUGGAACACCUCCAUUUUUAAUUGCUGCUGGAUGCGGAAAUAUUCAGAUGCUUCAGUUAUUCCUGAAGCGAGGUGCCCGCAUUGAUAUUCAAGAUAAGGCAGGAUCUAAUGCAAUCUAUUGGGCAUCUCGUCAUGGUCAUGUAGAAAUUCUGAAAUUUCUCCAUGGAAAUAAAUGUCCUUUGGAUGUGAGAGACAAGUCUGGAGAAACUGCGCUUCAUGUGGCAUCACGGUAUGGUCAUGUUGAUGUGGUUCAGUACCUGUGUAGCAUUGGAUCAAAUCCAAAUUUUCAAGAUAAGGAAGAAGAAACUCCUUUGCACUGUGCAGCUUGGCAUGGCUACUAUCUUGUUACCAAAGCAUUGUGUAAGGCAGGAUGUAAUGUGAAUGUCAGAAAUAAAGAAGGGGAAACUCCACUCUUGACAGCAUCCGCUAGAGGUUACCAUGAUAUUGUGGAAUGCUUGGCGGAGCAUGGCGCUGACCUUGAUGCAACUGACAAGGAUGGCCACAUAGCCCUUCACCUUGCAGUCCGAAGAUGUCAAAUGGAAGUGGUUAAAAUGCUCAUAAGUCAUGGGUGUUCUAUAGACUUCCAGGAUAGACACGGAAAUACUCCUCUUCAUGUAGCCUGCAAAGAUGGAACCAUGCCGAUAGUGAUUGCACUCUGUGAAGCAAACUGUAACAUCGAUAUCACCAAUAAGUAUGGGCGAACACCUUUACAUCUGGCAGCAAACAAUGGAAUUCUUGAUGUUGUCCGGUACCUCUGUCUCAAUGGAGCUAAUGUAGAGGCUUUAACAUCUGAUGGGAAAACAGCAGAAGAUUUGGCUAGAGCAGAGCAGCAUGAACAUGUAGCCAGCCUACUUACGAGACUAAAAAAGGAUGCACACAGAACAAUGUUCAUUCAACAUCUCAGACCUACUCAUAAUUUACAACCAAGAAUAAAACUUAAGCUCUUUGGCCAUUCUGCAUCUGGAAAAACUACUCUGGUGGAGUCUUUAAAGUGUGGACUUUUGAGAAGCUUUUUUAGAAGACGCAGACCAAGGCUCUCCUCAACAAACUCAGUCAGGUUUCCCCCUUCACCAUUAUCUAACAAGCCAUCAGUUUCAGUAAGUAUUACAAAUCUGUAUCCUGGUUGUGAGAACGUGAGUGUGAGAAGCCGGAGUAUGAUGUUUGAGCCAGGCCUUACCAAAGGAAUGCUGGAAGUAUUUGUUUCUCCCUCACACCAUUCCCACUUCUCAACAGAUGACCAGUCAACCAAGGCCAUUGAGAUUCAGAAUGCUUAUUUGAAUGGAAUUGGUGAUUUCAGUGUGUGGGAAUUUUCUGGGAAUCCUGUAUAUUUCUGCUGCUACGAUUAUUUUGCUGCAAAUGAUCCCACCUCAGUUCAUCUUGUGCUUUUUAGUCUUGAAGAGCCCUAUGAAAUACAGUUGAACCAAGUGAUCUUUUGGCUUAGUUUUCUAAAAUCUCUUGUUCCAGUUGAGGAACCCAUAGCAUUUGGGGGAAGACUGAAAACUCCACUGCAUGUUGGAUUGGUGGCUACCCAUGCGGAUAUUGUUAACCUUCCACGUUCUGCUGGAGGAGAGUUCCUAUAUGACAAGGAUACAUCACUUCUGAAAGAAAUCAGAAAUAGGUUUGGGAAUGACCUUCACAUUUUGGAUAGAUUAUUUAUUUUGGAUGCUGGGGCAUCUGGCUCAAAAGAUAUGAAGAUUCUCCGAAAUCACCUUCAAGAAUUACGCAGCCAAAUUAUCUCUACAUGUCCACCUAUGACUCACUUGUGUGAAAAAAUAAUCUCAACCCUACCAUCAUGGAGAAAAAUGAAUGGUCCCAACCAACUAAUGUCACUGCAGCAGUUUGUGUAUGAUGUGCAGGAUCAGCUUAAUCCAUUAGCAAGUGAAGAUGAACUAAGGCAUAUUGCCCAGCAGCUACACAGCAUAGGAGAAAUCAAUAUAAUGCAGAGUGAGACAGUCCAAGAUGUUGUCCUUUUGGAUCCUCGCUGGCUAUGUUCAAACGUCCUUGGAAAACUCCUGUCUGUAGAGAACCCAAAAGCCCUCCACCACUACAGAGGUCGAUACACAGUAGAAGACAUUCAGCGCCUGAUACCAGACAGUGAUAUCGAAGAACUUAUACAGAUAUUAGAUGCCAUGGAUAUCUGUGCUCGUGACCUCAGCAGUGGAACAAUGAUUGACAUUCCUGCCUUAAUCAAGACUGAUAGCCUCCAUAGAUCUUGGGCUGAUGAGGAAGAUGAAGUUAUGAUUUACGGUGGUGUGAGAAUUGUUCCUGUGGAACACCUAACUCCUCUUCCUUGUGGAAUUUUCCACAAAGUUCAGGUGAACCUGUGUAGAUGGAUUCAUCAACAGAGCGCAGAGGGAGAUGCAGAUAUACGUCUGUGGGUAAAUGGGUCAAAGAUCAUGAAUCGUGGAGCUGAGCUUCUUGUGCUUCUUGUCAACAAUGGUCAAGGUAUUGAGGUUCAGGUUCGAGGCUUGGAAACAGAGAAGAUCAAAUGCUGCUUACUCCUGGAUUCUGUAUGCAGCACCAUAGACAAUCUGAUAGCCACAACAUUACCAGGCCUCUUGACUGUCAAACAUUAUCUCAGUCCUCAGCAGCUGAGGGAACACCAUGAGCCAGUAAUGAUCUACCAGCCAAGAGAUUUUUUCCGGGCACAAAGUCUAAAAGAGACGUCAUUAACUAACACAAUGGGUGGCUAUAAAGAAAGCUUCAGCAGUAUAUUAUGCUUUGGGUGUCUUGAUGUCUACUCACAGGGAAGUUUGGGAAUGGAUAUCCAUAUAUCGGAUCUGAAUCUGCUUACAAGGAGGAAACUGAGUCGGCUUCUGGAUCCACCUGAUCCUAUGGGCAAGGAUUGGUGCCUUCUUGCUAUGAAUUUGGGCCUUCCUGAUCUUGUUGCAAAAUAUAAUACAAACAACGGGGGUCAAAAUGAAUUUGUACCAAGCCCAUCCUAUGCCCUUCUGCAGGAAUGGGGAAAUGCUCCAGAAAGUACAGUGGGUAUUCUGAUGUCCAAACUGAGGGAACUGGGCCGCAGAGAUGGAGCUGACUUUUUAUUGAAAGCAUCCUCUGUGUUCAGAGUCACUUUAGAUGCAAAUGGACAAGAAGCCUACGCUUCAAGCUGUAACAGUGGGACCUCUUACAAUUCAAUUAGCUCAGUUGUCUCUCGGUGAGAAACAAAGUUCAAAAAGCGCACACUUUUUAGAUUGUGAUAGUGAGCAAGGAUUCCAUAUGGCAGUUAUGUGUGUUUCUACAUUACUGAGCUGCCACCAUUCCCCCACAUCCUUUUUUUAAGUGACCAAUCUUCCUACUUUUAAACUGUGACCUGUUGCUUUUAUUUUAAUUAUAAAAGGCUGGUAAAUUUCUAGUACCUUAUAGUCUGUUUCUGGGUAUACAUUGUGCUGCUUAAGUAAUAUUUUAACUGGGAAGACUCCAGCUUUUCAGUGAGCCAACUGUUGUUUUUUAAAUCAUUUUUAUUAACAGAAGACAACUAUGUAAUGUGAUUAAAGCUCAUGUCUUAUGUC